GGCUUAGAGAGUCCUUUUCUGAACAACACGCUCUGCCAGAGACUUCACUCUGUCCUCCGGCCGUGAAAUACAAAGUCCCAAAAAGAACCUGCAAAGCCUCGUCUUCACUUUUUUCUGAGCACAUCAGAAGAUGGAGAAUCAGAGGGUUGAUCAGUCCUGGGCCAGAGGCACAGGCAGGCCCAGGCAGGGUUCAGGGAACAGUCCCAGCCUGCCUAGCGCUAACGUGAAUGGGAAUGACCCCCACGGGGCCAGGAGAAGACAGAACCGCUCAUCCUAUUCAGAGAGCCAGGGCUUGGAGGGAAACGUCACAGAGGGCUUUGGGCCCAUGCAGGGCACCAGGGGAGAGAUUGUGUGGUUUAACAGCAGCAUGUACGAAGAAGCCGAGGGCUACUUUCAGAACUUUGGCUCGGGGACCAGGGCCCCUCCACUGUCGUCCUCUCCAAGGGACCGGGUCCAUCGGCCCCUGGUGUUUAGAGCUAAGCGGAACCCCAGCCAGCAAAGCCGUGAUGAGGGCAGCCCUCGGCCUCAUAGCCACCAUCGCUCAUCGUCUGAGCCUCAGAGGGGACGGAUGGCGCCCAGGGGAGCAGGCAGGAAGAGGGUGUUCUCAGAGACCGAACGUACCCCUCAGAAAGGACGGGACAAAACCAAAAUGAGUGACCUUCAGUGCCUUGGCCAGGAAAAGAUCUGGUUCGACAAAUCCAGAUAUGAUGAGGCGGAGAGACGCUUCUACGAGGGAAUAAACGGCAUCUCUCAGGCUCCUCAGGAGAGAGAUGCUAGUGCCAUCCUGCAGGACAUUGUUAAAGCCCGCCAGAAAAUCCAGCAGUCCCUAGACGGAGUGAAGGCAGCCCUACAGACAGGAAAAGGGCACUCACGUCCCCAAAAAACCCGCGAGCGCAAGACGAGUCAGAAUGCCAGCAAAACGGAUCAGAGUGAGCUGCUCUCACGCCUGAAGAAUCUGGAGCUGGACAACAAGAACUUGCGUAAAGUGGUGGAUGACCUGAGGGCCAUGCUGUCCAAACUAGAGUCCAGAAUGUCAGUUCUAGAGAAAAGCCAGAGCCAGCCAACUAAACCAGCUUCAGCCCUGCAGGCUGCUCCAGCUCCAAAUCCCAAGGUGGUAGUAAAAGAUGAAGAAGGGGAUGAUGACAUCGACCUGUUUGGCAGUGACAAGGAAGAUGAAGAGGCAGAGCGCAUAAAGGCACAGAGAGUGCAGGAAUAUGCAGCUAGGAAGUCUGCGAAACCCGCCCUCAUCGCAAAGUCCUCCAUUCUGCUUGACGUCAAGCCUUGGGAUGAUGAGACGGACAUGGCCAAGCUGGAGGAAUGCGUACGCUCAGUGCAGGCAGACGGGUUGCUGUGGGGUGCCUCCAAGCUGGUUCCUGUCGGUUACGGCAUCAAGAAGCUGCAAAUUAACUGUGUGGUUGAAGACGACAAAGUCGGAACAGACAUGCUUGAGGAAGAAAUCACCAAAUUUGAGGACUAUGUCCAGAGUGUUGACGUUGCUGCCUUCAAUAAGAUCUGAGCCUAUCCUCAACAAUCAACCCAUCACCUCAGUUACUGCUGUUGUACGGUUACUAAUAAACAGUUAAAAACAAA